AUGUCUCAGGAGACUCCAAGUACGGGCCUGGUGAACUCUAGUCAGUCUCUGCUGGAAUGGUGUCAGGAAGUCACAAAAGGGCACAAGGGAGUAAAGAUCACAAACUUUACCACCUCUUGGCGCAAUGGCCUUGCUUUCUGUGCCAUCCUGCAUCAUUUCCAUCCAGACAAGAUAGAGUAUGAACUGCUGGACCCAUACGACAUCAAGCGUAACAACAAGAAGGCCUUUGACAUCUUUGCGCAUUUGGGCAUUUCCAGACUGAUGGAGCCAUCCGACAUGUUGUCAGCGGUACCAGAUCGGUUAAUUGUAAUGACCUAUCUCAACCAGAUCCGCACCCACUUCAUGGGACAGGAGCUGAGUGUACUGCAGAUUGAGAAAGACAGCAGUGCAUCUAGCUACGCUGUGGGUGAGACCAAGGAGGACACUGACCCCGAGGCUGCUGUCCGUUACUGUGCUGAAAGACUCCAGACAAGUGGCCUAACUCUGGAAACCAAUGGAAACCUUACAGAGAAGAGGGAAGAAGCAGAUGUAAAGACUCAAGGGGACAUAGUGCCACCUCCUCGAACCAAAAGGUCCCAGGCUACAAGUGAAGUCGAGGGAUCAGGAGCACUUCAGGCCCCAGUGGCCCCACCCAGAUUACACUUCCCUGCUUCAAAGUCAAGCUUUUCCCGUCUGAAAGACGCGGAUCUGGUUAAGAAACGCCGGUCACAAAUUCGUGUCGAAUCCAUGGAUGAGAGCGAACAGGUUGAGGAGCAGAAUGUAAGCAAGGCUGUUUCAGGGCAGGCAGAGAGUGGACUCUCAGCUGCCAGAGAAAGAACAGGGUCACAGGACGCAGAGCCUGGAGAAGAGGAGAAUCAAACAGCACCUAAAGAGGGCCAGGACAUCAGUCAGUAUGUCCUGAGUGAAUUGCAAGCCCUGGAGACCGAACAGAAACAGAUUGACAGAAGGGCAGGCAUAGUUGAGAGGAAGUUAAGGUGGCUCAUGGAAACUGGCAGCGAUCGUGUUGAGGAGGAGAAACUGAUUCAAGAAUGGUUUACUUUGGUCAACAAGAAAAAUGCUCUAAUCAGAAGACAAGACCAUCUGCAACUGCUUCAGGAAGAACAGGAUCUGGAGAGAAGAUUUGAACUGUUAAAUAAAGAACUUAGAGACCUCAUGUCUGUGGAGGAGUGGCAGAAGACCCAGGCCCAUAAACACAGGGAGCAGCUGUUACUCCAGGAGCUGGUUUCACUGGUCAAUCAAAGGGAUGAACUGGUGCAUGACAUGGAUGCUAAAGAGAGAGGGGCUCUGGAGGAAGAUGAAAGGCUUGAGCGAGGUCUGGAGCAAAGGAGAAGGAAAUACGGAAGUCGCAAAGAAAAGUGCGUGGUGCAGUGA